AUGAGUUAUGCUCUGCAACGAAACCACUACGUAUCGAGAGUUUUCACGAUCAGUUCCGUUACCGCGGCGAGCGGCCCCGCCGGAGGCGAAGAAAAAUUUGUCGGCGAGGUCGGCGCGAGGGAAGCAGUCAAAAAAAAGGAGCCAGCCGAUUCGCUCCACGACCGCCCCACAAUGCUCCGCCGAGCUCUGCGCUCCCGACCGCUGCUGGCCGCCGCCGUGCCUUCAUCGCUCUGCUACCACCACAGCGCCUCCUGCGCCUCUGGCGCUCCAACGGUCCCGGCGACGCCACCAGAGGAUGGUGACCCGAUGGAGAAGGCAAAGCAGCUGGUCGCGGACGCGGCCGUGGCUGUAGACAGGGCGGCGGCGGCGAUCGUGAGCACGCUCGGGCUGGACUUCACCGAUGAAGACACCAAGCGCGAGCUCGAGGAGGGGCCCGCGCGCUACGCCGCCUACCUGCGCCGCGCCACCCUGCCGGCUCGUGGCGUGCGUGGGCGGCUGAUCGCGUACACGUCAGACAUCGGCGAGUCGGUGCGGCCAGUGGUGCCUGCCUCUGUCGUCCGCCUGGCGUAUGGCAACCACCGCGCCUGGCGCAUCACGUGGGCCUACGUCGGCGUCGAUGUCGUGUACAACACCUGCGAGGAGAAGGCGAAGAAGGGGGCUCGCCCGGGCGGCGGCGCAGCUGCGAAGGGCUCGCCUCCGAUGGCGGUGCUGAGGACCGGCGUCCACGCGCUCACCUUCCAGUCGAUUGCGUCUGUGCUCGUGCCCUCGGUCAUCAUCCACCAGGUUGUCCACUCUGCAGACAACUUGACGAAGCGCUUCCCAAAGUUCAUGGCCGGCGGCAUGGUCGCGCGCUGGCUGCCCUCGCUGGUCGGCCUUGCGUUCAUACCGCUGAUGCCGUUCAUCGAUGAGCCGGUCGAGCACCUCAUCGACAAGGGCUUCGACAAGGCUUGGCCAAAGGCGGACGCGCCGUCCGAGGGCGAGAAAAAGAAGCACUGAGCCCCGACACAGCAGCAGAGACCUCUGCCCGAGGCACGGUUCUCGUGACCGCCCCGGCGGGACUGCGCGCCGCCGCAUGUUGUACCAUUCGUCUGCCCGUGGCCGCCCCCGUGCUACGGCGGUAAGGGUGCCUCUCGCGCAGCGAAAGUUCGCGCAGCGACCAACCAUGUAUGCGCAGUAUGUGAGUGAACCUGUG